GUUUGAUCGAUUUCAUCUUGUUCGAAUGUAGCAAAGUUGUUUUCUUGAAAUAAUGGAUUCUUUUGACGGCGAUCCGGUCAGGGAAAAGUUUCUCAUGAUGGGAAAAAAGUUUGGCUGGUUUGAUGUCUCUCUGGCAAAGAAAAUUGAGGCGGUAUGUAACAAACGUCAACGCUAAAAUAUAAAGCUUCUUGAAAAUUUGAAAUUUGGGAAAUUCUUGCCUGUGGCAAAGCCUGGAUUAAUUUUAUGUCAUUGUUUUGUCUUUUCUUAGCUUCGUAGAGAAAUCAAACAGAUUAAAGGAUCUCUUGAUAAAAAUAUUAAAACAAAAAUGGACUUAGCUGACCACAAAGAAGAAAAAGACGUUGAUGAAGAAAGCAGGCGCUCUUCUAGCAGUGAUGUUGUGGUCAUUCCUGAUGACGAUGAUGGUGCUGAUGUGGAUGAUAGUAAUGAAGGUAGUGAACUUAAUAUUGAUGCCAGCAGUGAUAGUGUUGAUAGCCGUAGCAGUGAUGGUAGUGGUAGUUUUGCCAAUAAUGGGAGCAAUGAUGUUGUUAACAUUAAUGAAGUCACUAAUAAUGUCAACAAUACAGAUGAAAGUAGUGAUACUGAAAAUGAUGGUGAUGAUGAUGAUGAAGAUGAUUGUGUCAAUAUUGAUAACAGUGCUGGAAGUGGUAGUGAUGAUGGUGGAUUUAUGGAUAGCAGCAAUGAAAGUGGAGAUAAUUUUGCCAAUGAUGAUGUUGAUGAGUCUGACUCUAUGGCAAAGUCAUGUGAAUUAAAUCAAGGAUACCUUUCUUUUGGUGAGUGUGGCAUCCAACAUGUUGCUGAUAACAUAGGAGAAACAGAUGAUUGUAAUCCAGCAGUGGAGUUUGAAGCAGUGCACAGUACAGAUGGACAUAGCUUCACAGUGCACGAUUAUGAAGCAGGCAAUGCAGAACAUCUUAAUAAAGAAACCACAAAUGAGACAGUUUUCCAUAAUGAAUCCCCAUUUAAACAACUGGCAGUCCACAAUUCCAGUGAAGAUCACAGCAGUGAUAAUAUAGCUUGUGAUUAUGGAGGUGGUAACAGCAGUAACUAUGAAGGAAUACAGGUAGGUAUUAAGCAAGGGGAUGAGAAAGAUGAAAAAGACAUUGAGACCUCCUCAUUGGUCAAGUCCAUUAACAUAGAUGAUUGCAGUGACUCAUCAGCAACAGAACUAUUUUCAAGGCCAGUAUCUAGGUAAGAGAAAAAAUUCUUUCAGCAAUAUCAUUCUUUCCAGCAACUAUAGUUAGGGUGGUGUCAUUAAAAUGUCAUUAUUUUAACAUUUAGUCUGACUCAGCAACCUGAGUUAUUUUAAGCUCCUGUUGUUCUUCCUUUUUUAAAAAAAAAAAAUAAUAGUAAUAAUUCAGGGCACAAAAAAUUGUUUUGAAUCUUAUUUUGUCAAUUUUUCAACACAUUUUUUCCACAGCAUGACUGAUGGCAGCAAUAAUGAUGACAAAAGUAUUUCUGAUAGCCCUAAUUUACCUCUCAGGUUAGUAAUAAUGAAACCUUCAACCAGGUUAAACAAAAACUCUCCUCUACCAUUUCUUUUGUCCUGUAAAUUGAUAAAAACUGAGAACCCAUAAUUGUCAAAUUACUGGAAAUUGUAGCCUGUAUAGGCAUUUUCUAUUUUGAAGAUAUGUGCAUGGAGGCUAAGGCUUUGUUGCUUAUCCUUGUAUUUUUUAUUUAUUAUUUUUUUUUUUUGUGAUUCUAUACAAAAAUGUGUGUCAGGGCUGCAGAUAACAGUCGGUCGUCAGUCAUUGGCCAGCCAAAAUUUGCUAGUGUCCGACAAAAUCCAAUGUGCAUUCAGACAUUAUGUCGGGGGAAUUUUUUAUCGUAAAUCAUUUUACAGUAAGGAAAAAUAAAAUCUACCUUGAGUAUAUCUUACUUUGUGUUAGGACGAUCUCAAAGUCAUGAAACAACAUUGACUUUGGUAGUGAAGUUUUCUUUUACAUUAGCAUAGUAUCUCCUCUGUUUUACCCGAUAUAAAGUUCAACCGUUUUUUUUGGUGAUCUCCGACCAAAAUUUGGUUUUGUCUGACCAAGAUGGUAUCUUUAAUAGUAGGACAUAUUUCCUUUCAAGAGAAAAAAAAUUAUUUGCAGCCCUGUGUGUGAUUCUACAAGUGUCAAAUGAAUGUAGUUAACACAAAAGUACUAAUAGAGGAUACUACAGUGUAGUUUACAUCUCCCACUGGAAACAGGACCAUUAUUUUAAGGCAAUGCCUUUAUUUCUCAGUUAUUUUUUAAGACCCUGAGUAUUGAGUUUUGUACUGCGACCUCCCACUUUGCAGUCGAGUGCUCUGCCAACUGAGCUAAUCCUGCUGCAGUCAAAUAUAAUCAAAGCUACAACUACACUUUAAGAUAAAUUAUUUUAAUAGCAAGUACCUGUAUUGUAUCUUAGAGAGUACUUAAUAAUUUAUCAUUAUUUAUUCCUUCACUUUUUGAAAAUUCUUAUUUGUAGUUUAAGUGAAAGACUGUUCAAGAAGUACAACCCAGUGAAAAGUGAAAGUGAUGAUUUUGAGAUGUGUAAGUGAAUUUCACUUGUGUAAUUUUUUUCCAACUGCAUAUAGUCAGUUCCCAGUUUCACCCCUCGCCCUCAGGUUUUAUGUUGCACUCAUGGUACGCCUUUUUUGCUGGGUAUGUAUGUCUUGACUUAGGGUAGUAAAAACCCGUUAGCCAGUUAGGCCCCCUUUAUACAAGACCCUAUUAAGCCUAAAAUUUGAAACAAGUUCUUAUUUUCUGUCUCUAAAAAAAUUCUGACUGUACAAUGGGCUAGUAAGAUAAGUCCACAUUCAGGAUCCUUUUUGACUUUGGAGACAUCAUCUCUCCAACUGCAAUGUAAUGGUAUGCGGUUUUUACAUAAGAUAUGAGCUGAAAACCACUAAAUAUUUUAAGCUACAAUUUAUAUUGUUUUCUUCAGAAAAAAAAGAUCCUAUUGAAUAACCUAAAUAGCCUGAAUUUGUGCUAGUUACCAUUUGUUUAGGCUAACUUUGGAAAAUGGAGGUUUUUAGUCGAGGGUUUUUACUGCACUGAGUCAGAAAUCAAUUUGUCAACAGUAACUGUUUCAGAUCUAGCCUCAAAGUCUUUCUGAUUUCGAGUUCUUCCUCGAAAUUUCUAAUCACUUGUAUUUAGUUUUGCAGAAAAUGAAAACACCUAAAAGACCCAGUUUUUCUGAGGAGGAGAAAAGAACAGAUUCAAAAAGGUAUUUCUUUUAACCUUUAAUUUAUAAAAAAAGGGCUAAAGGGGUGAUUGAUGGACAAGAUAGCUGAACUUCUUAAACAAGACGAAAGAUGACAUAAAUUCCAGUUCAGCUCAUUUAUCUUAAUCAGAAAAUUCUUUAAUUUUUCUUAGAUUGUUUUUUCCAAUCAUUGAUUCCUUUGCUAGCACCAUUUCCACAGCUAAAAUCUCAAAAAAAUAUAUAAUUAUAUUAUAUUUUUCUGAAAGCAAUUUUUAUCAUAAAGGGUAGACGUCUCGCCCUUUGCUUGUAGCCUCCUCAACAAUGCCACUGUUUUACCCUCUUUUCCGUAAACACUGUACCUUACCAACAACACUUUUUAUUUACUGAAAAUGUCCUACGGAAAACUCAGGAAAUGGCUCUUCUGAUACCCUAAAUUUAAAAAUUUUCUGUGGAAGAAUGUCCCCAGAAUCUCCUAGUUUGGAGUGCUUUCGUAGCUCUAACUUUUCUUUCCAUGCGUACACCUUCAAAAUCUCACGCCACGCCCCUUAUUACCUCAAUAUGCACCCAACACUUAUUUCAAAGCACAAUUCUCCCCUUCCUAUUUCUCCUGAAUUUCCAUCUUUUUUCCUCUCUUUCCCUCUGCCUAGGAAAAACCUGACGGGGGCUAUUCCCUUAUAUAAGCCAUAUAGGUGUGUGCCGCCCUACAGGGUAGGUUUUUGCGCCAUUUUUGAUCUGAAAACAGGUAUAGACUUUCCCCAUUUUGGUCUGGAAUUGGUCUAACUUUCGAGGGAACUACGAGAGUGUAUGAACGUAUUUGUCGUUUCAAUUCCAAAUGAAUAAGAAAGAAAGAGUGAUGUGCGAAGUCGAAAUGGAUUUUAAGACAUCUUUUUGUCGGCGCUCUACUGAUCUAAGUAAUGAUGACAUUAUUUCUGCCUAUGUCUGAAAACGGAAAUGGAUUUUAGAAACCAGGUCGGAAUUGACAUUUUUGGGUCUGAAAUAGGUUCGGAUUUGGAUAACCGGGGGCCGGCUGCACAACACCCCUACCAAGGGUUCCCAGGAGUACCCAGGGGGUGGUGGCUAGCUAAGCUUGAUUGUGAUCUUUUUUUUUUAACACUUUCCUGUAUAGUUUAGAGGAAUUCAUCGUCGAUGACGAUGAUGAAGAUCUAGAAGAAGAGGUCUUUGAGGAUCCCGGUUACCAAGAGGAAUUUGAAUUUGGUUCAGAUAAAGAAAAUGAUGAUUGCAUCGAAAUUGCAGCGCCAGGUAGGCUACCGUUCUUGAAAAGAAUAAAACCGCUAGGAACGAAAGUGAAUUUAGUUCUUGACUUGUUAACAAAGUUCGUGUAUAUAUAGUUGUACUUUUUUUGGUUGAACAUGAAAAAAAAAUGUUCUAACUACUAGUUUUAAAGGAUAUUUUUUCUGGGGAUAACACUCCCACAAGCAAGUCCAGUCUUUCAUCUUAGCGAAUUUCAGGAGAGUCUCUAUACAUUUCAAUUUCUAGAUUUGCGCCAGUUAUUUUUCAUGAAGAUUUUGCGUUAUUUUUUUUUACUUACGACUUUCACCAAAAUUUGAAAUUUGAAAUUCGUAGAGCCAUAGUGUCGACCUAGUUUCUUUAGUAGGAAAUUCUUGAUUAUAAAGCUUUUUUGUUGGUUACGUUAUUCGAUCUUUAUCAGCAUGUGAGGCAAACUGUGUUUUUUGUGUUCUUGUUUUGCAGUCACAAGUUACACUCCCUUCAAGACACCCUCGACUAAUUUCUCUUGGAAAACGCCAAAAUCCACUAAACCUAAAAAGGCCAAUACUGGUAGAAACAGCUCACUUUUUUUGUUGUCGUUUGCUUCAAAUUCUGUUCUUUAGUUUGAUUUCUUGCCUUUAAUACUUUGUAAAUCACAGGAUUUUCGUCAACCAAUCGUUCUCGUCCUAGAAGUGUUUUGGAAGAUCUACUCACACCUUACUCCAGCGAGAAGAAUUUUAAGACGAACAGAGAGCGACUUGCUAAAAAUCUGUUUGAGAUGUACAACACUACGGUGUUUGAUAAUCAGGUAUUACUUACUAAUUUAACUAUGUACGGGAAGCGAUGUAAUCAUUGAUAUCUUCAACUGCACAUGUAUAUAUUUAUUUGCCCUCCCUAGCAGUAGCUUAUUGCUUGUUACUGGAAACUGGUUACUUUAUUUCAAGUUUUGCACAAGAAUCACUUGUCCGACAAAAAAAAGCUUUGGCGAUUUCACGAAACGAAUCAAUUAAAGGUAUAAAGGUGGUUUUGAGUGCUAUAUCUUUGAAAGUUGCUCUCCGUGACGAUAGAGAUAUUUUUUUGGAUCAUCUCUGAAAAUUAGUACCCCCCCCCCCCUACCCCACCCCACCUCCAAUUCAGAUGAUGUUCCCUUUGGCUAAAUACUCCCCGUCCGCCACAAACACUUAAUUUUUUUUUCAAUAUUACGCCAGGGGGAGGGGGGCAAUUUAAAGAAGGGCAAAAAAACGGUAAAAAGAAGUAGCCUUUCCAACAUUUUUGACGAUUGUCCUAAAAGUUCUUUUUUUCACUUUUCUACAGCUGCCAUCAGAUUUUCAGAUCACAUGGAAUAAGAAAAUGCGUAGCACUGCUGGGUUCUGCUACUACAGCAGGUAAACUUUUAGAGUCUAUAUGAACCAUUCUUAACAACGCUAUGGAACGCUAAGAGCUGUUGUUUUCUUAGUUAAACGGCAGGUGCAAACCAUGUUUUUUUUUUUUCAAGCCAUACGCAGAAUGUUUUAAACUAGUGGGGUUUUUUUAUAAAUUAAAGAACGUGACCGUGAAUUCUUAAAAACAACAACAUUAUUUUGAGUACUAAAUUAUCAACGUGCAAGAAAGAGUUUCCAGUCCUUAUUCUCUCGAAGCGUACCAUGCCGACGUAUUAGUCACACACUACUUUCCUUCUCCUCUCCAUCUAUUUUGUCCCUUUUUUGUUUAUUUGGAGGUUCUGCUCAGCCAAAAAUGUCCAAGUAUUUUCUUAAGUCUGUUUUAUUUCUUCAGGAAGAAUGGUCUUCGCAUGUCUAGGAUUGAGCUGGCAGACAAAGUUAUUGACUCGGCAGGUACGUUGGUUUCAGCCAUCUACGGUGCACUAGAAAUACCACUUCCGUGCCCUGUCGACUCAACAUUUCAGUUUUGUAAGAAACUGACACCUGAAGCAUUUGUAUUUUCAGGUCUCAAUCAGUUUUAAGAUAUUGUUUAGGGGGGAGGGUGGGUGUGUGUGUUACGAUUCAAGAUAAAAGGAAUCGUCAGUCGUUAAUCCCGAGGGACCCAACGAAACUACGACGGCGACGGUAACCGGAACGUCUAAAACGCAAUUGGUUUUAUGAGCAAAACAACAACUCUGCACGUGCAUCGCGCUUCUUUGUACAUUUCUUUGCCGUCCCUGCACAACUACGACGUGAAAUGACCAAAUUUUGAGUUAGACUGUUCACAGUCCCCUAUUUUUUCGUGAGAUCGUUUAGAUAUACCGCGUCUACCGUUUUGGCGGGCGUCGGGGAUUAUAGCUCCAGGGGCUUCCUCCCAAACCGCCCCCGCCCCCUAAGUAGUUUUGUCACUCAUGCAAGAUGGCAGCCCGCAACGCAAAGCUCUCGAUCUCGAUGAUCUUACGGAAAAAAUAGAGGACUGUGAACAGUCGAAUUUUGAGUUGACUUCAAAACAGGAACGGCAGGGCGAUAAAUUUUACCAUCUCCCCUGAACUCGGACGCAGUCCCCUCUCUCCAGUUGUAACCAAACUUCCCUACUUUCAAGUAAUUGGGUGACUUGGUAUAAGAGCAAAAACGUUUCAAAGGACGCGCAGUCUUUUUAGCGACGUUUCAUAGGGCGUCGCCGUUUUCAGAUCGUAAGGUCUUUAAUAUCCAGGUAAAUAUUUAACCGAUGGUUUCUCAUUUUCUGUUGGACAAAGCGAUGUCACAAUGUUCAAAGGCCACGAAUGAAAUUAGUUGUGCCGUAAUAAUUGUUUUUAACUGUGUCACGCUACUGCAGCCCAUAAAAAUCGACAAAUGUCCGGGGAGCGGGAGAUGAUCAGGCUUGGAAUUGAUUGAUCUAUGAGACUUCCUUUUUUGGUUUUCAUUUCUUUCAGAUCGUUUGCGUGACACGCUGAUACAUGAGAUGUGUCACGCGGCUUCUUGGAUUAUCAGUGGCGUGAAAGCUGGUCACGGUCCUGUCUGGGAAAAAUGGUGAGUUUCUAAUGUCGGUUUUAAUAUUAACGUUUUGUGUGAGUGUGUGUGGAAAAGCACUGUUGACUGGCCAAAGAAAGUUUUGCUCGGUCAAGUCUUCUUUUCUGACCGGACGAAAAAUUGGAAAAAGUCCCCAACUUAUCCUUGCGUAACUUUCUAUUAGUGAACGUGAUUGUACUUUUACAAAGAGAGAAAAUCUAAGAUCAACAGGUGAGGACCUGGCUGUUUGUUCAAGAAUAAGAGUCUGCGUAACAGGUCAACGUGACCAGCAAGUGGAGCUUUUGGCCAUUCUGACCGGUCGGAUACAGACUGAUGACCUUUGACCUCAGUUCUCCCCCUCCUUUAUCUUAGAUGUAAUUAAUAAUGCCUUAAAUAAAGCCUUUCAAUUUCCUUUUGUUACAUUUGUAGGACAGCAAGAGCUAAUUUUGUUCAUCAAGACCUGCCGCCUAUAUCUCGUUGUCAUAGCUACACAAUUAAUACCAAGUACACGUACAGAUGUACCAAAUGCUCAAAUACGUAAGUAUUCAACUUGUCCAAUUCCUCCCAUAAUUGGUCAUUUGAAGGUUAAAUCCCUGGAAGAGUUCUUCUCUUUAGAGCGUUGGCGUUAUGUAAAAGGUUUUCAAGGUUUCACGCCAGUGAAGAUGUGUAGCCUGUCACCCCUUGCAGUCCCCCAUUUCCCCGGUAGGCGGGAACAAGCGAAGACACAAGCACGGAAAUAUUCCCCCGGGGGCAGGAACAUUCACUCACUUUCUCAAGCCUAUUUGUCCAAGUCUCAGGCCUUUGCCCGGGUUGGGAGGGGGGAUUUACACUCACUGGUGCAUUACGUGCGGGACUGGGUGUGUGCGGGACGUUAUGACUGCUUAUUUUAUUGCCCAUUAUUAGGUUGCGCAGGGUACUGGGUCAAAAUUCGUCCCCUCAAAACAGUUCCAUAAUGCAGUUCGAUACAACACCGACCCAGUCUCGUAGGAACCAUGAAAACUGGUCCUUGUAACAGCACUUACAGAGAAGAUUGUCUUGCGAAGUAGUUCCCUGUUAACAGUUUUAUGUUGCAUUGUUAAGCUCAUUAAAGUUUUGUUUUGCGUUGUCUUCUUGGUCAUGUCCUGUCAAAGACUGCUCACAUUGUGGGUAGCUAUUGUGGAAUUGCCUGCAAUUUACGGCAUUCAUGGAAAGUUUAAUACUGCAUUUACAUAUUUACAGGGUCAAACAAUCGUUCAUUUUGUGCCAUGGUGUAUUAAUAAACCUGUUCAUUUUAGACCCGCUUGGUUUUAGAGCACUACAUAAGUUCCAUAGGCUAAGGAACAAUUUUUGGUACAAACUAGUGCUAGUACAUUUUAUUUUUGCGCGAAAAAGCACUCACAAGAUGCUUUUUGUGAACGCCGUGAAAUAGGCUCAGUAACUAAAGAAGUGCACACUCCAAGUUACAGGCUUCCAUUGUCUAUAUGAGGGGGAAAAUUAUCCAUGAGUCUAGUUUUUGUUCUGAUUGAUCCUGUAGUUUGCUUUUACUUUUGUCCGGUUUAAAGAAACUCGCUCCUCGAUUCAGCAAAUCAAAUGUGAUGUUCCGCAAGGUUCUAUCGUAGGCUCCUCUUUUCUUUGUUCUAUAUAUUAACGAUAUUCCAAAUGCUUCUACGCAAACGGAAACGCUCCUUUUGGCAGAUAUUCUUGCCGAGAUCCCUUGCUGAAAGGUAUUUUAUAGCAUCAAGAUGUAGCAAGAACUAAACCAUCAUCUCUUGUUUUUGUUGAUCAGGUUUGGUCGACACUCCAAAUCCGUGAACUUAGAGAAAAGCAGAUGCGCGUAUUGUCACGGGUACGUCCAUGCUUAUUUUAGUCACUUCCAUAAAGACAUCAUGAGAUUUCAACUCAAAAAUUUGCUUUAGUCUGCUACAAGAUCUUCUAAUUUAUCCAGCCAUUUAUAUAUUAAAAUCUAACCCGAUAUGUCAACGUAACCGAAAAAAAUAAGGGGAGAAUCUCAGUACUUUUCAGAAUAAAUUUACACAACGAGAACUACCGAUUCAUAUUGUUAGAACGAACUUAGACGGAAAAAUUGAAUUUAACCUAACCUAAAUGGAAGACCCAGUAGAACCACGCUCUUCGUAACCAAAUGACGCUUUUGCCGUUGAAAAAUGACUUUGAUACAUGAGCAUACAGGUCUCCUACUACUAUUGGUUAAGGAAGCCUUUCGAAGCAUGAAAAUCAGGAAAAGAUAUUCGUGAAGCAAGUAUAUAAUGGCCCUUCUCGUAUUUGUAUACACUUUCUGAGACCCCUUGAAAGUCUUUUCUUUUGCCAUUUCGCGUUAUUCCGCUUACUGUUUUCGUUCGUUUUCUCUUUUUUCCAGCCGCUUAGAACUCGUUCCUCAGUUAAAGAAGGACGGCACACCUCAGACUCGCACACCGAGCCGCUUCGCUCUGUUCGUAAAGGAGAACUUCGCGCGCAUCAAGAAAGGCAAUGAAGCCUUCUCUCACCAGGAUGUGAUGAGGGCAUUGAGUUCCGAAUUCGCCAAACUAAAUACAUAG